GAGAGCGCAUCAGAAAUGGUUUCGCCUGUCACGGUGGUGAAGAGUGAAGGCCCCAAGCUGGUGCCCUUCUUCAAGGCGACCUGUGUGUAUUUUGUCCUCUGGCUGCCUACCUCCAGCCCUUCCUGGUUCAGUGCUCUCAUCAAGUGUCUCCCCAUCUUCUGCCUGUGGGUCUUUCUCCUGGCCCAUGGAAUCAGCUUCCUAGGUGCCCACUCCAGUGCCCGAAGGAUAAUCUGAGGGUACAUCUUCCAUACAAGUGCUGGAAUGUGUAACUUCUCAUAACAACUUUCUUGAUCUCUCGCAGGGCUGCUGAUGUUUGCCAUCACUCAUAUUCUGUAUUCGUCAGCCUUCGGCAUGAAGCCCCUGAAUCUGUGGGCCGGUCUGGUCAUUGCAGCGGCGUCUGGGCUCUGCUAUGCCUUGCUCUAUUCCUACCUGGCUGGGCCCUUCACGUACUUGGUAGCCGUCUACAUCGGGCUCAUUGGCUUCAUGGGCUGGAGGGCCAUCGCCGGGGUGCAGCUGUCCGACGACCUCUGGACCUGGACGAAGCUCUCCGCCUGUCUCGGGGCCGUCCUCUUCAUGGUAUCAGACCUCACCAUUGCCGUCAAUAAGUUCUGCUUCCCGGUGCCUCACUCCCGCGCCAUCAUCAUGGCCACCUACUACGCUGCACAGAUGCUUAUUGCCCUGUCGGCUGUAGAGUGCCAGGAUGAGGAUCGCCCCAGGAAGAGAGUGUGAUGCCGCUGGGGGGCACGGGCAUUGGUGCCAGGGACCCCUUCUCUCAGGCCGGAGUUGCCAGUCUGAAUUUUAUGGAUGUUGCAGCUCCGACAAAACCGGUCCUCGUACAUACUGCUGGGCUUCCUCUUGUCAGGCCUAGCAGCAGGUGGGAUUGGGGGUGUAAUUUGUAUGCUGAUGGAUUGGUCAUAUAAAACACAUACAGUGAUUGAGCCCACCAUCUUUCAGCAACCCCCAUGCCCUACUCACUACCGCCUCUACCCAGUCAGCAUUUAGUCAGAACUGGAAAUUCAACUGUUGAAAAGGGAGCCAUCCCUUACUUAAUUCCUUUUUGCCUUCCCUCCACCUGUGGGAGACUGGUUAUUGAGCUCUGUUUUGCAGCGUUCUAGUGUUGGACCUAUACCCUAGGUGACAGCUCUCUUGUUUUGGCUGUCCAAUGAGUAACAUAACCAGACUGCCCUGUAUGAGUAGUGCUACUGAAAACACCUUUUUUUGCAUACUGUGCAUCAUAUUUAUUUCUGCACCCCUGGUCCAGAGGGAUGGCGCUCAUGACAGAAGUGUUUUUAGGUCUUGAAAAAUGGAAAAUGGAGUAAGCACUUGUUUCAGAUUAGGGUCCAUUAAGAUCAGGAGCUGGUUUUCUCCUGACUUAUAAUAGUUACAUACAGCGGUAAGAAUGCACAUUAUUUUAAGAAUGUUUUGAGGUGCAAAAGAAAACAUCUUUACCCCAUUUUGUGAAGAGGUUUACAGGUCUGCGGUAUGGCUAAGAAUUUUGUUCUAUUAAUUCCUGCGAGUUUA